GGAUUUCUAGAAUUAGGUUCCAAUGAAAUUCCCGUUUUACUCCUCACAUCGAGUUAUUGAUGGAUCGAAAUCGAUCAGAGUCGACGAAUACAGCUCAAAGUGCAUCUUAUUGCGACCUGCGGCGCGGCAAACCCCUUUUCUCCGAUCGUUCUGAGCACAUUUUCGACGCGUCCGGUGGCUGGCUUCCUGAUGAGAGGCCACUCCGCCGUUGGGUGAGGACCCAAUUACGAUGCGGAUUCCCUCUGGUGUGGGUUCCUAUGGGGGCCUAGUCAUCCAUCGAUCUUUAUAUCUCCAAUAUUAAUCUACCAACCACAACUCCUUCACUUCUCAUGAGCUUUGAUGUCGGGUUGUGGAGGAGCAUAAACGGCCUAGCACCGUGUUUGGGCGCAUGUGGGAUAGUUGUUUGGUACGGGUUAGGUUGUGGUUUCGCCUGAAUGCGGCAGAGCUUGCGGGAUCGGAUAAGAAGGAUAU